CGAACAACUGUCAUUCGCUCGAUUCCCAAAGGAUCCCAAUCAGCCUAAAUACAACCCGAACGGACUUGUCUGGUCUCGCUCCAGUAACUAAUGGAUGACUGUAGCAAUAAUAAUAGUAAAUAUCAAGAAGAAACAACUGAUCCAGUUCGAUUAAGUGAAUAUGAUCAGGCUAUUCUUGACAAACAAAAUUCACGGAUGGUUUCAUCAUUCAGAGCACAAGAAAUUGAAAAAAAUUCAAAAAAACAUUGGGAUAUUUUCUAUAAGAACAAUGGAAACCGUUUCUUUAAAGAUAGACACUGGACUACCAGAGAAUUUUCUGAAUUACUUGGAGAUGAUGUUCAUCAAAAACAUAUAUUAGAAAUUGGGUGUGGGGUUGGAAAUCUUAUAUAUCCACUUCUUGCUGAUGGAUUGAAUGCUAAAUUUUAUGCAUGUGAUUUUUCGCCAAGAGCUAUUGAAUGCUUGAAAUCAAAUCCUUCUUAUGAUCCAUCAUUUAUUAAUGCGUUUACAUGUGAUAUUGUUACGGACGAAUUGAUCACCAAAAUACCUAAAAAUAGUUUGGAUAUGGUAACUGCCAUAUUUGUGUUGUCGGCUAUUCAUCCAGACAAUCAUCAAACAGUUAUAUCAAAUAUUUAUAAAGUAUUGAAAUAUGGAGGACUUUUAUUGUUUCGAGACUAUGGAAUUUAUGACAUGGCACAACUGAGAUUCAAGCCAGGACACAAGAUAGCAGAAAACUUUUACAUGCGUCAAGACGGUACAAGAUCAUAUUUUUUUUCAAUUGAAUAUUUUAAAAGUUUAAUGGAAACAAAUGGAUUUGUAGAAUGUUCUAAUAAGUAUGUGUGUAAAAGGACAGUUAACAUUAAAGAAGAUAUUGAUGUACCAAGGAGAUUUAUUCAAGCAACAUUUUCUAAGCGACGGCUAUCUACAGAUGUCUAACAUAUUUGAAUACAAUUUGAAACUUUACUAUUGGUUAUGAUAUUCAUAAAAUUUAGCUUAAAAAUAAAUCUGGAUUAUUAAAACCAAGAAAAGUAUUUGAGAGUUUAUUUUAUAAAAUAAUUAUAUAAGACUUACAUAAUUAUAAUAUGUAGUAAAAAUGUAAAAUUUAAUAAUUCAGUCUAUAAACAUUACCAAAUAAUACUAUGUGUUCUCUGAUAUGAUUUAUUUCAUUUUAUUUAAGUAUAGGUGCUAUGUA